AUGCUGACAGCCGUAGGUCGCCUUCAGGAAUACCAGAUCAUCGGGCGUCACCUGCCCAGCGAGGCCAACCCGACCCCGAAGCUCUACCGCAUGCGCAUCUUUGCGCCCAACGAGGUCGUCGCCAAGUCGCGAUUUUGGUACUUCCUUGGCAAGCUCCGCAAGAUCAAGAAGGCGAACGGUGAGAUCGUGUCUGUGAACCAGAUCCACGAGAAGCGUCCCCAGAAGGUCAAGAACUUCGGUAUCUGGAUCCGUUACGACUCGCGCUCCGGCACACACAAUAUGUACAAGGAGUACCGCGAGAUGUCCCGAACGGACGCCGUCGAUGCCCUCUACCAGGACAUGGCUGCCCGCCACCGAUCCCGCUUCCGGUCGAUCCACAUCCUUAAGGUCAUCGAGGUCGAGAAGUCCGCUGACAUUCGCCGCCCGUACAUCAAGCAGCUCCUCGUCAAGAACCUCAAGUUCCCUCUCCCCCACCGUGUCAACAAGUCGGCCAGCAAGAAGAUCUUCUCUUCUUCCAGGCCUUCAACUUUCUUCUAA